CUAUAGAAAGCUUGUCCAUAACCCGUUGACGUGCGAUUGCAAUAAUCUGUUGUUUGUAAACGUGCUGAAGAAAAAUUACCCCCAGCUAGAUGUAUUCGGGGAUUACGGAUCGUUGUGCCAUUUUGAAGUAGAAAUGAGCGAAAAAUCGUUGAUAGAAUUAACCGAAAACAAUUUUAAUUGCACGUCUCCGGAUGUAAUCGUGGUACCAGAGAACAAGACGGUGUUGGUCGGUGAAGAGUUACAACUCUCGUGCAAAGCCGUAGGGGACCCGGAACCUUUGAUAACGUGGGCCAAAGACGACAUUAAUCUAGAACUUGGCCAAAGAGUUCAGGUAUUUCAAAAUAAUACAUUGAUUAUAUCUAAAGUGGAAAGAACGGACGGCGGUCAAUAUAAGUGCGUGGCGUCCAAUUAUCUUGGACGAAAAUCUUUUGAGGCGAUGGCUAACGUAAACGGUUUGGCGGAAAAUGUUUAUAAUACCAUGUUUGGAGUAAUACCAUUUUUUAUUUUUAUUAUUAUUAUUAUUAUACUUGUGAUUUGUGUAUUUUAUAGAAUCAAAAUCGUUAUGUUAGUGCUUCGCUUAUUGUGUAAAAUGCAAUAUUGUUAAAUAUAAAAUUAUGUU